AUGACGGUUUACACAGCAACUACCACUGCUCCUGUCAACAUUGCUACCCUCAAGUACUGGGGUAAGAGAGACAAGACCCUCAACUUGCCUACCAACUCUUCUAUCUCUGUGACACUCUCACAAGAUGAUUUGAGAACAUUAACGUCAGUUUCCACGUGUGAAACAUUUACACAAGAUAAGCUCUUUCUCAAUGGUCACCAAGAGUCGUUAGAAUCUGAGAGAACACAGAUGUGUUUGAAAGACCUGAGAUCUUUGAGAAGGGCGCUGGAAGAGUCUGACCCUUCCUUGCCAAAGAUCUCGGAGUGGAAGCUCCAGAUUGUCUCUGAGAACAACUUCCCAACAGCUGCCGGGCUUGCUUCGUCAGCCGCUGGGUUCUCUGCGCUCGUCGUUGCCAUCUCCAAGUUGUACAAGCUUCCUCAGUCGAUGUCUGAGAUCUCCAAGAUCGCAAGAAAGGGCUCAGGUUCUGCCUGUAGAUCGCUCUUUGGUGGGUAUGUUGCUUGGGAAAUGGGUGACGAACUCGACGGUUCUGAUUCUAAAGCUGUUGAGGUUGCUCCCUUGGAGCAUUGGUCAAACAUGAAAGCCGCCAUCUUGGUUGUAUCCGCUGAUAAGAAGGACACACCAUCCACUAGUGGUAUGCAAACCACCGUUAAGACUUCUGAUUUGUUUCAAUGGAGAAUCAAGGAAGUUGUUCCAAAGAGAUUCGAAGAGAUGAAAGCUGCCAUCAUCGCAAAGGACUUUACGACUUUUGCAGACCUCACCAUGAAGGAUUCCAAUUCGUUCCAUGCAACUUGUUUGGAUUCAUUUCCUCCAAUUUUCUACUUGAACGAUACUUCUAAAAAGAUCAUCAAGCUUAUCCAUUCUAUUAAUGAAUUUUACGGUGAAACUGUUGCAGCUUAUACAUUCGACGCCGGUCCAAACGCUGUUAUUUACUACUUGGAGGAAAAUGAGGAUAAAGUGUUUGGUUUCUUGUACAAGUUAUUCCAAAACGUUGAAGGUUGGGAUUCAAAAUUCACAAGCGAAAGAUUGAGUGCAUUGGCAUCAGCAUUCAACGACUUGAAGCAAUCUGUUCCAUUCCCUCUUGAUGAAGAUAUCCAAAAGGGCGUUUCAAGAAUCAUCUUAACGCAAGUUGGUCCUGGUCCACAAGACACAGAGGAGUCUCUUGUUGAUGCCAAUGGCAAUCCAAAGAUUUAG